AGUACCGAAGCAGCAGCGCUAUAAAAGACCCAAUCAGACGGAAGGGUUGCAUCAUGAAGCUCAUUCUCCUGCUACUUGCAUUUCUCCACCUAAGUAGUGUUAAAAGCGCAAGGAAAACUGCUGCUGAAAAAGCUGCUGAAAAUAGGCGCUUUUGCUCCGAAGGUUGUCCAUACCUAAUGAGCUUCGAUAAAAAUCCAGAUGCUAAGAUUGACUUAAAGGAAGUGAUAAGAAAGUGCCGAGGAAAGAACCCCGAAGCACCGUUCGUAGUCUGUGAAGAAUUCGAUGUUCGAUGCUGCAAGUCUCUGGGAUUGGAGAAGCUCACAUGGAAGGAAUAUUGCGAACAAAGAUGCAAGUAACUGUUUCUGUCGCGUAACAAGCCUUAGGCAUAAAUAAAAUGAUGCAGA